CCUUUGAGACCCGUCUGGAGCUGUUUCAGUGCCUCGUCUUAGUGUGGAGCUUGGUGCUUUCAACUCCUGGAAUCUGGCGCUAUGCAUCCGGAUCCCGGACGCUUACAGGCACUGCUCUGCAUCGCUGCCGCCGGCCUCGCCGCUGCCACCACCUCAGAUUUAAUUCCCCAUUUUAUUUCUGAGCCCUUGUCUGUUGUCCAGAAGCCUGGUGGGUCCGUACAGCUCCGCUGCUCUGCUGAGCCCUCCACGGCUCGCCUUUCCUGGCUGUUCAAUGGGGAGCCUCUGGACAGCAAGGUGGGAGAGGUGGAAAUCCAGUCGGGAGCUUUGACGAUCCUCUCCCUUGGCCUCUCGACGUCUGGCCACUAUCAGUGCGUGGCCAACAGCAGUGUGGGCGCCGUUGUGAGCAGGCCUGCAACGGUCUCCAUGGGCAGUCUGGCUGAUUUCCAUGCCUCGGUGAAACCUGCUGUUGCAGCAGAGGAAGGAGGUUCAGCUUUUAUCAGGUGCCAGGUGCCAGAAAGUAACCCCAAAGCACAGGUUCGCUUUCAAGUGCGGGGGAAAUGGCUGGAACAAUCCACAGACAACUACCUAAUUCUUCCAUCUGGAAACCUGCAGAUUUUGAACGUAUCUUUAGAAGACAGAGGGUCCUACAAAUGUGCAGCGUACAACCCAGUUACCCACGAUCUCCGAACAGAGCUCACUGGACGUAAGCUCGUAGUCACACGCUCUUCCUCGGGCAGCUCCCACAUCCUGCACCCCACGUCCCCCCAGCGCCUGGCGGUGCCCCUGCACAGCCCCCUCACCCUGGAGUGCGUGGCCAGCGGGUCCCCCCCCGCUGCCCUGCGCUGGGUGAAGGACGGCCGGGACGCGCUGGGGACAGGGGGGUGGGAGCUGCUGCACUCCCACCUGGUGACCCACAGGCUGGAGGCCUCCGACUCUGGGAAUUACUCCUGCCUGCUGGAAAACGAAUCCGGAGGAGUGGAAUACGUUAACUAUUCACUUACUGUACUUGAACCUGCCUCCAUCACCAAGGGGCUGCAGGAUGAAACUGUGGCUGCUGGCGCCACUGUGCAUUUCUGGUGCGACGUCCGCGGCAGCCCCGCUCCCACCCUCUCCUGGUUCCACGACGCAGCCCCCCUCCUGCCCUCCCCACGGCAUCUCCCCACGGGGAACCGCCUGCGCAUCCGUGGUGUCACCCCCCAGGACUCUGGCUUGUACCAGUGCGUGGCCAACAACGGGCUGGGAUCCGCGCAGUCCACGGGGAGACUCCGCGUCCAGAUGGGCAAAGGCUCCAGCCCGGUUAUAGUCUCUCCACCGGCGAGUGUCACUGUGGUAGACGGCGGGGACGUUACGCUGUCCUGCAAUGCCACCGGCCUGCCCGUCCCCACCAUCCGUUGGUACGACAGCAGAGGACCCAUCACCAGCCACCCUUCCCAGGUGCUUCAUUCCAAACUGCAGAAACCUCCUUGGGCAGCGCCGGGCAGCCCCGUGAUGGAUGCCACCAGCUCCUCCACCGUGUCCCAGGAGGGCUGGAGCUCCUUGCACGUGAGGAAGGUGACUCCUGCCCGUGGCGGGGAGUACACGUGCGAAGCUGUCAACGAGCAUGGCUCCGCAGUGGCCAAAGCCUCCCUCACAGUCGUUCCCCCAGAAACUGGCCCCAAAGCCCAAGAGAUGAAGACUGCCUGGAGCCAUGAAAGCGUCGGCGAUUUGGGAGCCAAGGUGGCGUUUUCAAGCCCAGCUCCAACAACGGCGCGUUGGGAGGUGGCGGGGACGGAGGAAGGCUGGCGGGCGGCUGCCCCCCCUGAGGCCCCCAUCAUCCUCAGCCCCCCGCAGACGCUGAAGCCCGACGUGUACAACCUGGUCUGGCGGGCAGGGAGGGACGGGGGCUCCCCCAUCAACGCCUAUUUUGUCAAAUACCGCAAGCUGGAGGACGGACCCGGCGCGGGGGGCGGCUGGCAGACCGUGCGUGUCCCCGGCAGCGAGAGCCAGCUACGUCUGGCCGAGCUGGAGCCUUCCAGCCUCUACGAGGUCCUGAUGGUGGCCCGGAGCGCGGCCGGCGAGGGCCAGCCCGCCAUGCUCACCUUCCGCACCAGCAAAGAGAGAACAUCAUCCUCGAAAAACACUCAGGCCCCGUCUCCACCGGUGGGCCUUCCCAAGCACCCCGUUGUGCACGAAGGGACAAAUAAUUUCGGCGUCGUCCUUCCGGACCUGUCUCGGCACAGCGGAGUUCCAGAAGCUCCUGACCGACCCACCAUCUCCACGGCAUCAGAAUCCUCUGUCUACGUCACCUGGAUCCCGCGGGCGAACGGGGGCUCCCCCAUUACGGCCUUUAAAGUGGAGUAUAAACGCCUGGGUCGAAACAGCGACUGGCUCAUUGCAGCCGAGAACAUUUCUCCUUCUAAGCUCUCUGUGGAAGUUCGUAACUUGGAGCCAGGUGAAAUGUAUAGGUUCCGGGUGAUUGCGGUGAACACCUACGGGGAGAGCCCGCGCAGCGCGGCGUCUCGUCCUUACCAAGUAGCCGGCUUCACCAGCCGCUUCUCCAACCGCCCCGUCGCGGGACCACACAUCGCUUACACCGAAGCCAUCAGCGACACCCAGAUCAUGUUAAAAUGGACGUAUAUCACGUCGAGCAACAACAACACGCCCAUCCAAGGAUUUUAUAUCUAUUAUCGGCCCACGGACAGUGACAACGACAGCGACUACAAGAGGGAUAUUGUGGAAGGUACGAAGCAAUGGCACUUGAUAAAUCACCUGCAGCCAGAAACGUCCUACGACAUUAAGAUGCAGUGCUAUAACGAGGGCGGGGAGAGCGAGUACAGCAACGUGAUGAUCUGCGAAACCAAAGUGAAACGCACGCCGGGAGCAUCUGAAUAUCCAGUGAAGGACCCGAGUACCCCCCCAAACCCCCCCGAGCGAGCUGCGGGCGGCGGAGCCGGCCCUUCCAACGGCCCCGUUCGCAGCAGCGACAUGCUCUACCUGAUCGUGGGCUGUGUCCUGGGCGUCAUGGUCCUCAUUCUCAUCGUUUUCAUCGCCAUGUGCCUCUGGAAGAACCGCCAGCAGAACGCCAUGCAGAAAUACGACCCUCCUGGCUAUCUCUACCAAGGGGCAGAUGUCCCUGGGCAGUUGAUGGAGUACACAACCUUGCCCGGCAUGAGCCGCCUCAACGGCAGCGUCCACGGCAGCUUCAUCGGCAACGGUGGCCUCAGCAAUGGCUGUCCCCACCUCCAUCACAAAGUCCCCAACGGAGUCAACGGGAUGAUAAGCGGAGGAGCAGGGCUGUACCCGGGACACACCAACUCCCUGCCCAGGACCCACCUGGACUAUGACCAUCCCCACCACCUCCUGAACGGCGGUGGGAUGUACACAGCGGUGCCACAGGCAGACCCCUCGGAGUGCAUCAGCUGCCGGAAUUGCCGCAACAAUAACAGGUGUUUCACCAAAACCAACGGCGCUUUCGGCAGCAGCGCGCUCCCCGUCCUGCCCGUGGCAGCACCUUACCCACAGGAGGGUUUGGAGAUGAAGCCCCUCAAUCCCCACGUCAUGGUGGCCAUGUGCCUGGCCUCCCCCAGCCCGGAGGAGGAGGAGGAGGAGGAGGGCAAGGAGGACACAGAGCCACCCUGCACCCGGCGGCCCUGCUGCCCAGGGGCCAUGGAACGUCUCUCUGGGGAUCCCACCGAGGGUGACAACUGCGUGCACUUGGAAACGUCAAACCACGUUUUGAGCUGGAGCCCCCUCCUCCUGCAGGACUGUAACGAAAAACCAGGAUGGAAUUCAUCCGGAGUCACCCUAAACAGUUCUGGGGACCUUCGGCAGCUCCAGCUCCAGGAAACCUGAGGCAGUGACCGUGGUCCCCGCUUAACGCCAGGAACUGCACAGCCGAGUCGCUGAACGGGAGUGAUGGAGGGAUGUUAAUUAUAACAGAGAGAGUCACUAUUUAUUUUUUUGUAGUAGUGUCAUAUGAAUGUAUCUUGUUUUUAAAAAUGGUUGCCUUUUUAUAUUAUUUAUGCCUUGAAAUUCUGUUGUGUGGUUUGUUGUUUGUUUUUUUCUUUCUCCCCCGCCCCCCUCCUCCCCGUGCACCAUGAAUCUAGCCUGGUUCUGUGUAUAAAAAAAAAAAAGAAUUGUAAUAAUAUAAAGAACAACGCUGGGAAAUGGC